CCGGCGGGCCACACCGGCCCGGCGCCUCGGAGGCAGCGCGCGGGCCGCCAUGGGCAUCCAGGGCAUGGAGCUGUGCGCCAUGGCUGUGGUGGUGCUGCUGUUCAUCGCCGUGCUCAAGCAGUUCGGCAUCCUGGAGCCCAUUUCCAUGGAAGAUAGCAGCGACAGUGAGCUGGAGCUGUCCAUGGUGCGCCACCAGCCAGAGGGGCUGGAGCAGCUGCAGGCACAGACCAAGUUCACCAAGAUGGAGCUGCAGUCCCUCUAUAGGGGCUUCAAGAAUGAGUGUCCCUCGGGCCUGGUGGAUGAAGACACCUUCAAACUCAUUUACGCACAGUUCUUCCCUCAGGGAGAUGCCACCACCUACGCGCACUUCCUCUUCAAUGCCUUCGACGCUGACGGGAACGGGGCCAUCUGCUUCGAGGACUUUGUGGUUGGCCUCUCCAUCCUCCUGCGAGGCACAGUCCAGGAGAAGCUCAAGUGGGCCUUCAACCUCUACGACAUUAACAAGGAUGGCUACAUCACCAAAGAGGAGAUGCUGGCCAUCAUGAAGUCCAUCUAUGACAUGAUGGGCCGGCACACCUACCCCCUCCUGCGGGAGGACGCGCCCCUGGAGCACGUGGAGAGGUUCUUCCAGAAAAUGGACCGGAAUCAGGACGGGGUAGUGACCAUUGAUGAGUUCCUGGAGACCUGUCAGAAGGACGAGAACAUCAUGAGCUCCAUGCAGCUGUUCGAGAACGUCAUCUAG